AGUGCGAAUAGAUGGGCCAUUUAAAUACACUUAUUGCGCCAGGUGUUCUCUCCAGGCUCCACCUCCAUCAUCUUCAACUUCUCCACCUUUCCGACGACUCCUUAUCUAUCCGGCGGUCGAUCGCCACCACUCGCCAUCACUUCCGUAGCCUUUUUCCCACCAAAUGUGAUGUAAAUCUCCGUCACCGCAAAACAAUGCAAGAAGCCCUUCAAAUCCCCUCCACCCCCACCGCCCAACUCCACCUCCUCACGCCACCCAGUCCAACAACCGUCCAUUUCCGACCACCCUCUUCCGCCUCCAAAACCUCCAUCUCUCCCAAACUCUCUCCACCACCAUCAUUUCGCUCCACUGAAGAACUGCAAGAAAAACUCAUCUACCUCGAUUCAUUUGAAAUAGACUUAAUCCCACUCCUCACCACACACCCUCCACUCUUAUCCACCACCCUCUCCCACCUUAAAUCCACCGUCUCCUUCCUCUCCACCACCAUCCUCCUCCCCCAACCCGCCGUUCGCCGCCUCAUCUACAUCUGCCCUCAAGUCCUCACACUCCCACUCACCUCCAUCGUAUCCACUAUUACCUUCCUCCUCCGCGAAGCCCAUGUCCACACCGACGACCUCCACCAGGUCAUCCACCGCCGCCCAAGACUCCUCACAUCCGACGUCAAAACUCGACUCCGUCCAACCCUUUACUUCCUCCAAGGCACAAUCGGGAUCUCCGGUGUGAACAAACACACCCACCUACUAACUUGCUCCGUGGAAGACAAAUUUCUCUCCCGUAUCGAAUACUUCCACGAAAUCAUGGGAAUUUCUUAUAAAGACACAAUCUUGAUGUUCCGACGGUUCCCUUCGCUGUUUUGCUAUAGCAUCAAGGACAACAUUGAGCCGAAAUUCAAGUAUUUGGCGGUGGAAAUGGGGAGGGAAUUGAGAGAAAUGGUGGAGUUCCCGCAGUACUUUUCGUUUAGUUUAGAGAAAAGAAUAGAUCCAAGACACCGGCGGUGCGUCGAGAGGGGGGUUUGUUUGCCAUUACCGAUGAUGUUAAGAUCCAGUGAGCGGCGGUUCCGGGAUAAGAUGGAGGUGUGAUGUAUCAUAUUAUAAUUCUUCUGUAAUUUCCUUCGUAAUUCGUUGUCAUUAUUAUUGCUAUUUUUAUGUUGGUAAAGCAAGAUAAUAUCUUCAAAAGAUCG